GUACUGGGAAUCUGAUGGGAAUGGGGAUGGGGAUGGGGAUGAGGUCACCUUUUACAGUGUCUCAGUGGCAAGAGCUGGAGCAUCAGGCCCUGAUCUUCAAGUAUAUGAUGGCAGGCAUGCCUGUGCCUCCUGAUCUCGUGCUCCCUAUUCAGAAGAGUUUUGAGUCCAUCUCUCAGAGAUUCUUCCAUCAUCCCACCAUGGGUUAUUGUUCCUUCUAUGGGAAGAAGGUGGACCCGGAGCCAGGACGCUGCAGGAGGACUGAUGGCAAGAAAUGGAGGUGCUCAAAGGAUGCAUACCCCGACUCGAAGUACUGUGAGCGCCACAUGCACCGUGGCCGCAACCGUUCAAGAAAGCCUGUGGAAUCACAAACAAUGACACAGUCAUCGUCCACUGUGACAUCAUUGACUGUCACUGGAACCAGCAGUGGAACUGGGAGCUUCCAGACCCUUCCAUUAAAUUCCUUCGGGAAUACCCAAGGCGCCAGUUCCGGAACCAAUCAGUCUCAUUAUCAAAUAGACUCUAUUCCCUUUGGAAUCCCGAACAAAGAUUAUAGGUAUCUUCAAGGACUUAAACCUGAAAUCGGUGAGCAUAGUUUUUUCUCUGAUACUUCAGGAAGCAACAGGGGUCUCCACAUGGACUCACCAAUAGACAACACAUGGCCUCUGAUGCCAUCGAGAGUUGCCUCAUUUCCAGCAUCAAAAUCGGGUGAUGGCUCCGUUUUGCAGAACGAUUAUCCACAGCAUUCAAUUUUCAAUAAUGACUUCCCCUCGGGGGAACCUUUGAAACAGGAAGGUCAGUCUCUCCGACCUUUCUUUGAUGAGUGGCCUAAAGGCCGAGAUUCCUGGUCUGGUCUUGAGGAUGAGAGAUCCAACCAAACCUCAUUCUCCACAACCCAGCUCUCAAUAUCAAUUCCAAUGACUUCUUCCGACUUCUCUGCAACAAGUUCUCAAUCUCCACAUGAUAAUUGACAGAAUCAUGAUUUAAGAAUUUCAUAGACAAAUAGUCGGAAGGCUUGAAGAAGUUCUAGCAUGUGGUUUGAGAGAUGUUGAAGAAUAGCUCGGCAUAUGUUGGUCAAUCUCAAAGUUUGUGGUUUGUGGAUUUUCUAGACAGCUCUUUGUUUAAAGUACAUUUGCAACUCAAGUUUUAGGUCUGAAUAAAUCAGACCCUGACAAGUAUUCAAGAAUCAAGAUAUCCUGAACAUUUUGUUUCUGUUAAAGAUUCUGUACUUGGCGGCUUUGAUGUAUCCGUUACUGAAUAAGUUAGUGGUUUUACAUACU